CAAAAACAAAAACAAAAACAACACACAGAGCCACACACAGAAACAGAGGCUGGGAGAAGAAAUACAGAGACUUCUCUCUCUGCCAUUCUUUUCAAUUAUGGCUUCCUUUUUACUCCCUUUCCUCUCUUUCUUUCUCUUCGCCGCCGUUUACCUCGCCGAUUCUCAAUCCUUCAUCGGCGUCAACUAUGGCCAAGUCGCCGACAAUCUUCCACCACCGUCCUCCACCGCCAAUCUCCUUCGCUCAACUUCCAUCGCCAAAAUCCGUCUCUACGGCGCCGAUCCACUCAUAAUCAAAGCCCUAGCCAACACCGGAAUUGGAAUCGUAAUUGGCGUAGCUAACGGUGACAUUCCUGCCUUGGCUUCCAAUCCGAAUUCCGCUGCGCAGUGGAUCAACACCAAUGUUAAUCCUUACUAUCCGGCGAGUAAUAUCGUGCUCGUUACCGUCGGAAAUGAGGUUAUGUCGUCGAUGGAUCAGAAUUUGAUUUCGCAGUUAGUUCCGGCGAUGCAGAAUGUGCAGAAUGCGCUGAAUUCGGCGAAUCUCGGCGGGAAGGUGAAGGUGUCGACGGUGCAUUCGAUGGCGGUGUUGAGUCAGUCGGAUCCGCCGUCGUCAGGGAGGUUUAAUCCGGUGUUUGAACAGACGAUGAAGGCGGUGGUGGAAUUUCUGAAGGAGAAGAAAUCGCCAUUUGCCAUAAAUCCUUACCCGUUUUUCGCGUACCAGAGUGAUCCGAGGCCUGAAACGCUGGCGUUUUGCUUGUUUCAACCUAACUCGGGACGAGUCGACUCAGGAAGUGGAAUAAAGUAUAUGAACAUGUUCGAUGCUCAGCUUGAUGCAGUAAGGUCUGCCUUGAAUGCUCUUGGUGAUUUCAAGGACGUUGAGAUCAUGGUGGCUGAGACGGGGUGGGCGUAUCGCGGGGAUAGCAAUGAAGUUGGACCAAGUGUGGAAAAUGCAAGAGCUUACAACGGCAAUUUGAUUGCACAUCUUAGAUCAAUGGUGGGUACUCCAUUGAUGCCUGGAAAAUCAGUGGAUACAUAUAUCUUCGCUCUCUAUGAUGAAAACUUGAAACCUGGUCCCACCUCCGAACGAUCGUUUGGGCUGUUUCGUCCCGAUCUAACCAUGACAUAUGAUGUCGGACUCUCAAAGAACAGCCAGACUCCAACAACUCCAACAACACCAGCCACCCCAUCGCCGGAACCGACUGCACCUGCUUGGUGCCUGCCAAAGGCAGGCAUUCCUGAUGAUCAACUUCAGUCAAAUCUCGACUACGCUUGUGGGCACGGUAUUGAUUGCGGGCCAAUCCAACCAGGGGGUGCCUGUUUUGAGCCAAAUACUGUACAUUCACAUGCUGCUUAUGCUAUGAAUCUCUACUAUCAAUCACUUGGCAAGAAUCCAUGGAACUGUGAUUUCUCACAGACAGCAAUACUAACAUCCACAAAUCCUAGUUAUAAUGCUUGCACGUACCCAGGAGGAAGUACCUAAGGAGGGAGAUCAUAUUUUGCCUUUGAGUUCAGAUUAAGAAAAAAAAAAAAAAGGAAAAAAUAGUUUCUCCAAUGCUUAGGUAUUUUAUGAUAUUUGAAAACAAACAAAUGAAGCAAUAAUCUAACUGGCCUACAAUUUGCUAUUGUCCA